AGUAAACAAUCGCCCGACAGGAAGGUCGUCGCCAAACAUCCCGGAAAGAAUUUAUGACAUUAUCUCGCCUCUGAGGCACCAUGGCCAAGGGCUUUAUAAACACUCCUGUUGAGGAUAAUUCCAUAACCCGACCAUCAAGCUUAAAUACUGGUGAGAUCCGGCAAGCCCCUCAGGCCCAAACGGGUGGCGACUCACACACGGGAGGAGCAGAAGACACACUAGAGGGAAGAAUAAGUCCCUCGAGCAGCACCACGGAGGAAAACGUAGUGUCUGCCGUCUCGUCUCCACCGCCGUACAGUGCCAGUUUCUCUCCAGCCUCUGCGUCCUCAGGCUCUCCAGGACCUGAGUAUCAAGCACGUCACCACUUCUCACUACCAACUCUACCUCCUUAUCAACAGAAUGCUAAUAGGUCUGUAGAGGAGCUCAAUGAACUAGCCUUACAGGACAGCGAAAACAAUAAUGUCGACGAAAACUCGAACGACCAGCAGUACGACCAGUAUGCAAACUAUCACCAAGAGUACGGCCGUCACCAGUUUGUGCCCGACCCGUCCGUCAGGCCGCGCACAAGGAUGAGCCAGCCGAGCAGUGAUGAGGCCGACCACGCCCCCUACAAUUAUGAGUAUGCCAUUAGGAGGCGCAGUGGGAGCUUCUCUCACAGGAGGAACCAGUCCGAGGAUCUCUCUCUCUCCUCAGCAUCCUUUGACGCCGGACUGAGCUACCCACAGCUGCCAAAUGUCAACUCUGCUGCUGGUUACACCCAGCCAGACAGAUUACCAAGACUGCCUUCCCAUCAAGACCAGUGGGGUGAGGAGAGGCAUCCUGCUCGCUGUGCACAAGCUGGGGCUCAUGAUAUGGCGCGUGGCUGGUUUCCUCUAAGCUUAAGAGGUGGUGGCUACGGGCCGCAGCCACCGCCAACGCAGGAAAAUGUUAGACAGGAGGCGCAAGAGCUGCUCCUAAACUUUACAUCAGAUGCACUUCAACUCAACCAUCUGCCUGUGCCAGAAAAUGACAUAAUCAGAAAAGGUUUUAGCAAUCCUGCCUGGCUCAGGGCUGGACAGGAGUUGAGGAUGCUGGCAGAUGCUUUUGCCGAUACGGAAGAGCGGAAGCGAGUGCGCCACAUGGCAGAGAGGGUCAACAUGGCAUGUAUCAACAUGGACAACUUUUUCCAUCUCUGUGGGGAACUUUUUCAUGGUGGAAUCACAAGGGAGCGCAUCGUGGCUCUGUUCACCUUCGUCGGGGAUGUUGCUGUGCACCAAGUGAGACACCGCGGAGAACAGUUCCUCAGUGUGCUGCUCAAGUGGUCAUUUAGGUACUUGGUUGACCACAUUUGCAAGUGGGUUCAGGAGGCUGGUGGCUGGGGAGUGGUGCUGAGCCAAAGUAUGAAUUUUCUCUACAAAAGUGUUGUGUUUAUGUGCUGCCUUGUUGGAACGGUCGCCGGUGGAGUCUACAUAUGGAAAUCUCUCAAGGAAAUGUAACAGUGACUGCAAGAUAGGUUUUAUCAUUCGUCACUGUUGAGAGAUGCCCACACAUGUAUUUUUUUCUCUUUCAGUAUCUUGUGAUGUUCUGCAUAAAGUGUUUUUAAAAGAGAGUUGUCCGCAAUCAUGCAGAUGUUCAGCUGUUCACUCUUUCCUUGGCUUAUGAUUAUGCCUGUACAUAGGCUUAGUCUAAAGUGUUUGCAUCAGUUGUUGGAAAUAGUUGAAUAGACAAGUGUUUCUUGUGAUUUUUAAGGACUGAAUGAAGAAGAGCAUGUGAAUAGGUAUUACUGUUAUGUGAUAUUAUUUCUUAUGGCUAGAAAAUGAUCCCAUUGUUGCAGAGUGAAAACUUGCAUUAAUAAAAGGGAAAAGAUAGGAAAAUUUGAUUAUUAGAAAAAGUGAGAUGCACACUUUAACUUUUAUAAUUGAAGAGUUUAAAAUGUUUCUGUAAAUAAUUGACAGUUCUCUCUCUAGACAAAGAACAGGUGUGACAUAAGGUUAGAUUUUACAUAGUUUUUUUAUCAUCACCAUUGGUGAAAAAAUGUCCGAUAUUUAACAAGGGUACAGGGACAUUCAUUGUCGUAAUUGUCAUUAUAAUUAUUAUUAUCAUAAUUAUUUUAUUUGUUUUUAUUAUUGUUAUUAUUAUUAUUAUUUUUUUUUUAUUAUUUGUACUAUUAUUAUAAUUUUUAAUUAUUUAUAUUUAUAUUUGUUAUUAAUACUAUCAUUGAAUAGAUAAUGAUUGAUAUUAUAAUUAUGAUUAUAACAAUGAUGAUUGUAAUAAUAAUAAUGAUGAUAAUAAUAUAGUUACUAUUAUCAUCAUUUUUAUAUUUUGUAUCAUUAUUAUUAUUAUUAUGAUGAUGAUGAUGAUGAUGAUUAUGAUUAUUUCCAUAUUUAUCAUCAUUAUUGUUUUAAUUUUUAUCAUUGUCAUUAUUAUCCUUCUUAUUUUUAUGUUAGAAUUAUAUUAUGUGCCUUUUGUUGUAGCACUUUAAUCUCACUAAGUGCUUUAGUAUUUCACUGAAAUUGUGUCGCUUUGAAUUGGUUUAUAAGCAAAGUCGCAAUCAAAAUUUUCUACCCUCGUAAAUUCCAAUUAAUGAUACCCCAUUGGAUCUGAAUUGAUCUGUUCCUGCAUUAUAGAUCUCACCCCAGCAUGACAGUUGAUUCCAUGACGGAGGUUGGCGGUGCAGGUUGUGGUGGAAAAGACGUUUUUCUGGAAGACAAAAUGGAUUUCUUCUUAUUCUUUUUCUUUUCCUUUCUGUUCUUGGUCUUGUUCUUAUCUUCCUUUUCUUCCUCCUCCUCCUCCUUCCCCUUCCCCUUCUUUUUCUCCACCUCCUCUUCCUCCUCCUCCUCCUCCCAUCUUUUUUUAGCAGUUUUGACAGCAUCAUUAAUAAUGAGUGUCUGUCAUAGGAUCAGAUACAUUGUAAUAUGUGGAAUUGUAAUAUUCCUUCUUUUUUUUUUCCAAUUUUUUUUUUUUUACAUAUAUUAUGGGUAUUGUUAUUUUGUGACAUUGUUAUGAAAUGCGUAGCAAAAUUGUUAUUUUCAAGUAAAUGGAUAAUUUGUAUGUGCAAUAAAGAAAUGAUUUGGUAAAGACAA